GCCAAAGUCAUCGCAGACGGGCUAUGGCUUAGGGCGCAAGAGAUUCGGCCGAGAGGCAACGGGAAGGGGAAAGGCCGGCUCACUGAGCAAAGAAGAGGAAACCAGAAGAAAAGCCAAACGAUGAGUUUCCACAAGGAGGACGGAGUGAGCAGCCUGUGCCAGAAGGCGCUGCACAUCGUCACCGAGCUGUGCUUCGCGGGCCAGGUGGAGUGGGAGAAGUGCUCGGGCAUCUUUCCCCCGGACAGGGGCAGCCAGGGCGGAGGCAGCACAGAUAUUUCAGUCAGCUUGUUAGCAGUCGUUGUCAGCUUUUGUGGCCUGGCUUUGUUGGUUGUCUCCCUUUUCGUCUUCUGGAAGCUGUGCUGGCCAUGCUGGAAAAGCAAACCUGUGACUUCCAACAUCAGUACCCUUCCACAGAGCAUUUCAAGUGCUCCUACUGAAGUUUUUGAGACUGAAGAAAAAAAAGAAGUUAAGGAAAAUGGCAAGCCAGCUGUAAAAGCAAUUGAGCCUGCAAUAAAAAUCAGCCACACUUCCCCUGAUAUCCCAGCAGAAGUCCAAACUGCUUUAAAAGAACAUUUAAUUAAGCAUGCACGUGUGCAAAGACAAACAACUGAGCCUACAUCUUCAUCCCGCCACAAUUCCUUUAGAAGACACCUACCAAGGCAAAUGCAGGUUUCCAGUGUUGAUUUUAGCAUGGGCACAGAACCUGUUUUACAAAGAGGAGAAACAACAACCAGCAUUGGGAGGAUAAAACCAGAACUCUACAAACAGAAAUCAGUUGACUCCGAGGGCAACACAAAAGAAGAUGUCAAAACCUGUGGGAAACUUAACUUUGCCCUCCAGUAUGAUUAUGAAAAUGAACUUUUAGUUGUUAAAAUUAUUAAAGCCUUAGAUCUCCCUGCUAAAGACUUUACAGGAACUUCUGACCCUUAUGUGAAGAUGUAUCUUCUUCCAGAUAGGAAAAAGAAAUUUCAGACACGUGUGCACAGAAAGACUUUAAAUCCUCUAUUUGAUGAAACUUUUCAGUUUCCUGUAGCAUACGAUCAACUCAGCAACCGAAAACUACAUUUCAGUGUAUAUGAUUUUGACAGAUUUUCUAGACAUGACAUGAUUGGGGAAGUGAUUCUUGAUAAUUUGUUUGAAGUCUCUGAUCUCUCCAGAGAAGCCACAGUAUGGAAAGAUAUUCAUUGUGCCACCACAGAAAGUAUAGAUCUGGGUGAAAUUAUGUUUUCCCUUUGUUAUUUACCGACGGCUGGGCGUAUGACAUUGACAGUCAUCAAGUGCAGGAAUCUGAAGGCAAUGGAUAUUACUGGCUCAUCAGAUCCUUACGUCAAAGUGUCUCUGAUGUGUGAGGGUCGAAGAUUAAAAAAGAGGAAAACAACUACGAAGAAAAACACUCUAAACCCCGUGUACAAUGAGGCCAUUAUUUUUGACAUCCCUCCAGAGAAUGUGGACCAGGUCAGCCUCUCCAUUGCGGUCAUGGAUUAUGAUAGGGUGGGACACAAUGAGGUCAUAGGAGUGUGUAGGACAGGACUGGAUGCCGAGGGUCUUGGGCGAGACCACUGGAAUGAAAUGCUGGCCUAUCACCGAAAACCAAUCACACACUGGCACCCUUUGCUGGAGUUACCUGGUCGGGCAACCAGUUUUGAUAGUCAAGGAUCCUGUUCUUCUCCCAAACCACCUUCCACACCGUAAUGCCUCCAAAAUAAGACCAUUAUAAUAAGGACCUAGGACCAUGUGCUCAAUGGAUCAGAAAAAAAAUAAGUGGAAGGUUUGAUUUCCUCAUUUAAAAUAUAUACCUGGUAAUGAACAAACUUGUGUAAUUUUUUGUUUACUUUUAUUGUCUGUUUUUUAAUUUUGAACAUUUUAAUACAUUUUACUUGAAUACAAAUAGUCCUUAGUAGCAUAAGGCAUUUUAUCUUUCGUGUCAAAUGCCUGUUAGCACAAAGAGUGUUUUAAUACGUUGUAGUUCUUUGCACAAGCAAAGAAAUAAGUUUAUUUUUAAGGAAUUAAUACUUAUCUAAGAUUAAAUAUAGUUUAUGCUGCUAUUGUAUAAAGUAGCAAAUGUCACAUGUAUGGUUUUGAUUUUGUUACAACUGUGUUCAUGUCCAAUUGUGCACAUGGUUCUAUAUAAACAAGGAGAUUUUGAACUUAAAUUACACAGUAUUAAAUUCUUGUGCAAUCAAAUUAAUGUUACUUAUCUGAAGACUUUUUUCUUUUAUUCUCAGCAAAUUCUUUUCUUGGUGAGGUUUGGCUCUG